CCUCAUGUGCUUAAAUGCCGUGAGUGCUCAGAGAGAGAGAGAGAGAGAGAGAGGAAGCAAGACAGAAAAGGAAAGUAGAUAGAAAGAGGAAGGACUGACAACCUAUUACAUAACCUGCUGUUCAACAGUUUACCUUCAGACCAAGACAAACAAACAAUCUCAGAAAGGUGGAAUAUUUAUUCGGACAUCAAAGAGACUAUUUUAUGGGUUCGAGAAUGAACAAGCGUUUAACUGGAUAACUACGACAACCUCUUUAGAUCACAGAGGCACUAAAUAUGAACAAGUGCAACAAUUCGACAUCUGAUCAGGAGGUGAUCCCACACACAGAUCUAGAGAUGGUGCUCCUGGGCACUGUAAUAGGAGUUUUGGUCCUGGCUAUCGUCUUUGGAAACGUGCUGGUGAUUACCGCAAUCGCACGCUUCCAGCGUCUACAGACCGUCACUAAUUUCUUCAUCAGCUCUCUGGCGUGUGCCGACUUGGUCAUGGGGCUUCUUGUUGUGCCCUUUGGUGCUUAUAAUAUCCUCUCUGGCAAGUGGUACCUUGGGAACUUCUUCUGUGAUUUCUGGUUGUCAACAGAUGUGCUAUGUGUAACGGCGAGCAUCGAGACUUUGUGUGUCAUAGCCCUGGACCGCUACCUGGCCAUCAUGUGGCCACUGCGCUACCAAUCCCUGCUGACCAAGCGGCGAGCCUGUUGGGUUGUGUUGGCUGUGUGGGUGGUGGCUGCCCUCAUAUCCUUUCUGCCCAUCCACAUGAAAUGGUGGGCGUCAGAUGAGCAGAAGGUGCAGUGCUGCCUGGAAGAGCCGUUGUGCUGUGAAUUCAACAUCAACAAAACCUAUGCGUGGACCUCAUCCAUCAUCUCCUUCUACAUCCCACUCUUGAUCAUGAUAUUCGUCUACGGCCGAGUCUACCUUGAAGCUCGGCGGCAGCUUCGAAACAUCUACCAAGUUGAAGGUCACAUUCGGACACAAAACUUAUGCAGUCAGGACGGGAACGAGGCGCGGAAUCGCAAGACCAGAUUCGGCCUCAAAGACCACAAAGCCUUGAAGACACUGGGGAUCAUCAUGGGCAUCUUCACACUCUGCUGGCUGCCAUUCUUUGUCCUUAAUGUGGCCACAGUGGAGAUGAAAACAGGUGCCAUCGAGUGGCUCUAUAAAAUCUUGAACUGGAUCGGCUACAGCAACUCGGCCUUCAACCCACUGAUCUACUGCAGGAGCCCCGAAUUCAGAUGUGCCUUCCAAGAACUCUUGUGCUUGAGAAGGCCUCAGUUUCCUUCUUCAACAAACAAAACAGGACAUAUCUACAGUGGCCAUUCACCAAAGCAGACGUCUUUCAUGGACUGCAGGACAGUAGAGCUGGGGACUUGCACUUUGGCUGCCAGUUCCUCCAACACAAACGGGAAUUGUAAUAGAACACUGACCGCCAUGAUUUAGCUAUUUAUUGCAUAUUGAAAUACAAUUUCUUACUGUUCUUUGCUUCCAUUUUUCCCUUGCCAUGUAUUUGAAAUGUAAAACUUCUGAAUCAUUUGGUAAGUCAACAAAUGGAAUAUGAUACCUGCAGUACAGCAUGAACGACUGUCGUUCCAAAUGUGUUUCUCCAGUUAAACCAUCUCCAUGAACUUAAAUAUUUAGGUACACAAUUGGACGAAGCUUGACAUUUGGAAUGUGGUGAUCAUAUUACGGUCUGGACACAUCUUUGUAACCUACCUCAUGACACUCAUGUGGCACAUCAUGUUUUCACCAGAACCACUUCCAAAAAAAAAGAAAGAAAAGAAAAAAAGGAGCUCUGGAAUCAGAUUAGCGUGUAUCAUGUUCUUAAGAAGGAAGUAAGAAGUCUGGUUUGGGUUCAGUUCCGAAUGAACACUACAUUGUUAAAAAAAAAAAAAAGAGUAUAGCUGAUCUGAGAUCAGCAGCAUUAUUUUUUAAAUUUUUAUUUCUGAAAGAUAGACUUGUUACAUUCCAUUCGAAAACUACAUUUGUCUUUUAAACCCAGGGACUUCGCUUUUUUUUUUUUUAAAUCUCUGUAAUUCCUUAUCUGAAGGUGGAGGGAAUCUGAGCUGCUGACGAGAAGCAACAGGUGGAGGUUGCUGGCUUCAUGUGCUAUAACCAGCUGCACUUAUGAAAAGGAAAAAAAGUGCCCAGUAAAAGUGUAUAGUUCAACCUUCCCCUAUUAACAUUUCAGCUUGAUUGCAUUCAGUGGUAACCAAAAUCGCAAUAUAUGACACAAGAAACUUCUCACGUUUGUUUUGGAGGACAUGGACAAGCAUGGAGAACAAUGCGAUGUCGAUGACGAUGUUGAUGAUAUCAUGAUUCAGUGCAGCGAUUAUUCUCCAUAAUAAUUCAUUAACCAGAUUAUUUGUGUUGAACUGCUUGAGUGCACUUCACAGUUCACAGUUCAAUGUUCUUGCAUUAACCCUUUCACAACAAAAAGCUUUCCAUUCCUGUUAGCAUCUCUGUUCACGAGUGUCAGUUUGCAUUGUUUACACAGAUUCUUGAGCAAACUGUCCAAAAGGUCAGCCAGAAGAAAAACGAAAGAAAAAGAAAGACAAAUCUCCUGAUAUGGUUCCAGCUGUCACUUUUGUUUGAUAAAACUUUGGUCUUUGUGUUUACAGCAUUAGAGAGGGAAUGUAGUGAAACCCGGUGGAAUUUGGUUCUUAGGCAGGAAGGUGUUCUGGUCCUCCUGUCAAACACAUUAGCCGAGAUCAGCAACGUUGUGUUUUGACAUGACCAGAGCUUCCUUCCUGUGUGUGUGUGUGGGGGGGGGGAGUAAGCUCGCUGCUAUAGAUCAUCUGAUUGAAUGUGCAAUUAUUUAUGAAUAAUCUGGUCGCGUUAGUUGAAUGUAACAUUCAGGUUUUGGCUUAAAGUUUAUCGCAUAAAGCACAAUAAAUGGUACUGUAUUUAUAAGGGGAGAAUAAAUCAUUUCAAGCGUUAAAAUGGUUGUACACUGUAUAUAAAGGAUAUGAGCUGUAUAUAGUUGUCCUGUCAGCAGGCAUAACGUACCGUACACGUGGUCAUGGAUGUGAAUUUGUGCUUUUGACAUGACAUUAUGACAUGACAGCUCAGAGAACUCUGCUUUGUGUCAUUCCUAAAUGCUUAAAAUGCUCUUAAUCUCUUAAUUCACAAAACCAUACUUCUUCUUCGUCUUCUUCGUCUUUCCACCACACUGCACAAUGUUACCUGACUGUUUUGUUUUGUUGCCUUUUAUUUUGUAUGCUGAGCCACUUGUCAAAAUGUAAAAAUGGGAAGAAUUAAAUGUGGUUGUUUGUAAGCA